AUGGAGAAAGGGGACAAGGGGAGAUUUAGCUUCUUGAUCGCACUCCUCGUUAUCUUCUCGAACUCGCACUAUCUGUGGGAGGAAGGUGAGAGUCGAACCGGAGUCCACCAACAUCCCGCCCUCAUGUUUCCUGGUAUCCCUCCUAAAGAGAUGGCGGCUGGUCUUCAGCCAUAUGUCCCCGAUGCCAAUAUCCACGAGGUUCACGUAGUACUUGUCCUCGACCGUCAGUGGGGUUCGUGCACCCCACAUCCUGACAUCUUUUCCGAUAGCAAGCAUGUUGUAGGGGUAUUCCGGAUCGCUCAAGUCCCCGAAGCAGUACGAGAACUUGGAGGCUUUGAAGGAGAUAGGGAUAUUGCCCAACCCGAAGAUCCCGUUGUAGUUCUUGUCGCCGGUGUUGUGAGCGCACCCAAAGGCGAGGUUUGGGACCACCUCGUCCUGGUGCUUGCCAAAUCUGAACGUUUCCCGACCGAGAUUCCCCUCGCAAAAGGUGGUUCCAUACCUCACCUAAUGAAUAGGUUGUAG